AUUCAGAAAGAGUGCAGUCACAAUGUGGCUUGAAAAGUGUUUGUUUAUAGUAUUAUUAGGUUGUGUUCUAACAAGGAGUGAUGCUAAAAGUAGCUUAACGUUCGUCAUAGAUGAUACAGGGUCUAUGGGUGACGACAUUGAUGGAGUGAAAGAAAACACGAACAUAGUUUUUGAUUCUGUGCUGCGUUCCAAUGAGUCGCAAAUUGACAACUUUAUUUUGAUAACUUUUAACGAUCCUGAUACCAAAGUUUUAACUACGACAAAAGAUAGAGAUACAUUCAAAAACGCUUUAGCUUCAAUAAUUGUAGACGGUGGAGGGGAUUGCCCAGAAUAUUCCAUGACUGGCAUAGAAACUGCUUUGGAAGUCAGCCAUCCAAAUUCUUACAUUUACGUAUUCACAGAUGCAAGUGCUAAAGAUGAUUAUAAACUUGAAAAAGUCCGAAAUACGGCAGUAAGUCGGCAGUCGCAGAUAGUUUUUCUCUUGACGGGGUACUGCAUAUGGCCUAUUGAUAAUUAUGAAGCAUAUUAUACUUUAGCUCAAGCAACUGAUGGGAAAGUAUUUCAUAUGGAAAAAUCAAACGUUGGAGAGGUAUUGAAAUAUAUUUCUGAUACAAUUGAGAGCAAGAAAACUAAAUUGAUCGAGAAAAAAUUACCGCCAGGACAUCAUAACAUCAAAUACAAUGUUGAUGGAACUGUAAAAGACACCACAAUUGCUUUGAGUGGUAAUGUCAAAGAAAAGAUCGAUGUGGCUGUUUUUAAACCCAAUGGAACGAAAGCUGACACUGAAACUAUUAUGGACAUACCGAAUAAUAAGAUUCUAAAAGUAACUGAUCCUGAAACUGGAAUAUACACCGCACAAGUGGACGGCACAGGGGACUCCACUUUGACCAUUACGGCUAAAACUUCGUUCGAUUUUCGCCAUGGUUUCUCUACUUUAAAACCUUCUUCAUUGAAUGCAACGUCCAUUCGACCUAUUGCAGGAGUCGAAUCAAAUAUAUUGAUACAGCUUGAAACUGCAGAUGAAAAUAUAAAGCUGAAAUCAAUAGAAAUUUAUGAUUUGGAUGGAAAUGAUAUUAUGCACUUUGACGUACAAGUUUUAGAUGAAAAAACAAAAACCUAUUUUACCAGAAGAUUUAUUCCGCCAUCAUAUCCCUUUAAAAUUGCUAUUAACGCGCAGAACCAAAGAACCCAUGAAGUUAUAAAAAGAUACAGUAAACCAAUAGAACCACAAAAACCAGAAUUAGUUGAUGCACAUCAUAAGUCCUAUACAGUUGAAAUACUGGACGGUGAUAGAAUUAUCGUAAAAAAUAACACACCAUUGAUAUUGGCAUGUAAAAUUAACGGGUAUCCUAAACCUACAGUCCAAUGGAAGAAUUUGGAGUCUGGAAAAGAGAUGCCAUCUUCGCUUUCAGUGGUCGAACCACCUUAUGAAUACGUCAGCAUCUUGGAUAUCCCUAUUGUUACAAAUAAUGGUACUUAUGUUUGUAUGACAAAUACUGACGGGGCCGGUGUUACUAAAAACAUUGACGUUAUAGUGGAAAAUUCUCCAGAAGAACGACCAGUUAUAAAUAAAGAUGUUUCAAAAGUUUCUGUUCUCCAGGGAUCAGAUGUCAAAUUAACGUGCAGAUUGAGAGCCGGUGUUCCAAUGCCCAAAAUUAUGUGGACAUAUUUAGUCCAAUACUCAAAUAUGUUUUUUGAAAGCGAUGUUAAUAGCAGCACUAUUAUCAUUAAAAAUGUGAAUGAAGAAAAUGCGGGUACUUACAAAUGUACGGCUCGGAACACAGUUGGGGCAGAUCAGCAUAAAAUUAGAUUGAACGUAGAAUAUCCACCAUCAAUAAAAAGAGAUUACAGAAGCGUGAAUAUGAGAGAAGGAACAUCAAAACUGUUGCAUUGUUUUGCGAAAGGGAAUCCUAAACCCCAUAUAAUAUGGACUUUCAAUGACAAGAUUGUUGUACCGGAUGGAGAUCACCGCAUUUAUAGGGACCACAGUUUGAAAAUUAAGGCCUCUCAAGAUAACAGUGGAAAUUAUUCUUGCAAUGCCAGGAAUAAGCAUGGAACAGAUAUAAAAACUAUUGAAGUUAACUUUGUAGUACCAGUUAGUAUCGAAAUACCUGGAAGAAGUACGUUUGACACUCGGGUUGGAAGAGCCGUACAGUUGGAAUGCCGUGCAGAUGGUUACCCUGAACCAACUAUUGAAUGGACCUUUCGGAGUACAGAUCCUGAAGUCAGUCCAAGGACACUGAAAGCUGAUAUCACUGGGUCUGUUUUCCUGAGGGAUCUCAAGUUAUCCGAUGAUGGAUUCUAUACAUGCAAUGCAAGUAAUAUUGAUGGAUCUAGUAACAUCACUUAUCAGAUUAUAGUCAAUGGUCCUCCAGAAAUUAUAAACGUUGAAAAGUCGAUGUACAGGGCUGUUGAGGGUGACCUGGUGGUGCGCAUACCUUGCAAGGCCGUGGGGAGACCAAAACCAGUCAUUACUUGGAGUUUAGAAGGCUUGAAUAUUGCUAAAGGAACCAAGUGGUACGACGUCGAAGAAGACGGAACACUUGUGAUAAGGAACGUAGACAUAAAAUCCAGAGGAUAUCAUUUGUGCAAGGCGACGAAUAAAAUAGGCGCCGACCAAAAAUAUUUUUUUGUGGAUGUGAGCCGUUCGCCGUAUGAAGAUACACCCACUGAUUUCGUAGCGUUAAAACAAGGGGAAACACGUGUGCUUAAUUGUCCCUUAUCCUCAGAUAUCGGAAGUGAAUUAAGAUGGUAUAAGGAUGGAAAUGUAAUAACCGAAGGAGAUUUAAUCAUUGACGCGGCAAAUGCUACACAUUCAGGUUUAUACACAUGUAGGAUGAGCAGCUUUGCUGGGUCAAGAUCAGCCACCGUAGAACUGAUAGUGACCUUUGCCCCAGAAUUUGAGACGGAACCAGAAACAAAUAUACAGUUUGAGGAGAAAUCAUUCGUUGAACUUGAUUGCUCGAACUACGCCGAACCUCCUGCAAAGACGGAAUGGUACUUCAACGGAGAAAGAGUGGACACAGACAGUGAUAGACAUUACUUUCAAAUGCUUCAUGCUAAUAUAGGAGAGUACACUUGUCUAGUUUCCAAUAAAAUUGGAAGCAUCAGUCGUAAAUUCGUUAUCAUAUCACAUGAAUGCGCACUUCAUAUGAAAUCAGAUUUCGAAGGAAAUUUGCCUUUAAUGGAAAUUCCGUACGACCUAUCAGUAAAAACUGAUGGCGAUUACUUAUAUAUUCCUAAAGGUCUUGUAUUAGAACUGACAUGUCCCGUCCAGUUCACAAGUAUAGAUAAAUCUAGAAUUUUGGCCAAAUGCAUCAAAGGUUCAAAUUUCUUAGUGGAAGGAGAAGAAUAUAAGUUCUCUGAUUUAAAAUGCUCAAUGAAGAUAGUCCCCGAAGUUAAAAAAAGAGGUUUUCGAUGCGGUCAUGCCAAUACAGAAAUCGUAGAUGUAGGAUAUAGAAAUGAAGAUAAAUUCAUGCCCGUAUAUGAGGUGUGCUUGGAUAAAAGCAAUAAUGUAGCAAUUUUCACAAAGAUAACAUUACGCAGGACUUUAUCGGACAUUGAUCCAAAAUAUUCAGAUUGGUUUGAUAGUGAAAACGAUGUAUACAACUGUGAUUGGCUGAAACUCUUAGCCAAUCUAUACAAAUGGACUUUUGGGAAUGAUACCUGUUGCUUUGAUAAGCGACAAUUGGUAAGUCCUAAGGAUGUGAUGCCUGGUCUACCGCAACUUGCCACUUACAGCAAAUUGAAUGUGAUCCCUCAAUGGAGCAGCUGUAAUUCCGAGAAUUGGAAUGACCUGGAAGAUAGAAUUCGUUCACUAGCAAAGUCGACUGAUAAGAAUUUGCUGAUGUGGACAGGUCAGGCGGGUCAGUUAACUUUGGAAAACUGGUCGAAACACGACGUUAAUAUAACAAUAACUGUUGGCAGCAAGGAAUUACCUGUCCCGAAAUAUUUAUGGAAGGUAAUCCAAGACCCGUCUUCUCGCGCUUCCCUCGCCAUUGUCCAAAUAAAUAUCCCUGAUUUGAAACCAGAAGACGCCAAGCAUCACGUUUUAUGUACGGAUAUCUGCCCCAGAAUCCCAUGGAUGCAAGGGGGCUCAUGGGGUAACGUCACUAGAGGAUACACAUACUGUUGUGCUAUUAGGGAAUUUGAGAACGUCUUCGGAUAUAGAAAUAAGUUCAGUGUUGGCGGGGAUGGCGUUUUAACGCACGUUUCAUAUAUCUCGACUCAUUCUUUGGUGUAAAAUUUAUUUUUUUAAUGUAAUGAGUUAAAGAUGUAGUCUCUGGCUGUUUCUCCGGGAAAGUGGCGUGAUUGUAUGUACCUACGAGUAUGUAUGUUAAAGGGAUAAGUCCACCGCUGUACUUAUACAUUUGUAUUUUAUUAUAGCACAUAACUUGAUUAUUUAAUGUGCGGUAUUUUUUUAAAAGAAAAAUGAAAUAGUUGUAGACGCACAUAGUAAAUCUUUGUUUUCUAAAUAAAUAUAUCUUAAAUUUUUUAUAACCAAUUUUCUUAUAAGAACUAACCUUCUUUAUUACAAAUUCUUUUUGGUUCCCGGUACUUUAGAAAAGGACCACUCUUUUUUGUUAUUGUAAAAGGCGACUAAAGGAUAGGCUAAUUAAAUUGGAAUUUUUCAUUUAGGCGUUGGGCUAGCAACCUGUUACAAGUUAAAUCUCAAUUCCAUCACUAAGCCGUGCAGCUGAUCUGUCAGUCUUUUCAAGACUCGGCUCUGUUUACCCUGCAAGGGAUAAAGACAUGAUUAGGUAUUACGUAUGUACCUAUAAUAGAUCGAUACAAAAUAAAUACACAUCAAUUGUCUUCACAGUACGUGUUGAAGGCUGUAACAUUGACAUUAUGAUCUAAAACAUCUCACAACAAUCCUUCGAACAUGAAAUAAUUACAUGUUCUUUCGGCAUUUUUGACUUUGAAUUACAAGACGUGAACUGAUAUGAGAAAAUAUUGAACUUAGGAUUAAAGUGAAAGAUUAGGUACCUACGUCUGUUAAAGUUCACAUUAGUUGAGUGUUAUACAAACAUACAAUCAUAUCCACAUACCUUACGGAGUAGAUAGAGCCAACAGUCUUGAAAGACUGACAGGCCCCAUUCAGCUGUUUGGUUUAAAAAAAAGCAUUAAGAUUCAAAUAGUGACAGCUUGCUAGCCCAUCGCCUACACGAAGAAGCUUAAGUUAACUAGCUUUUCCCUUAGUCGCCAUUUACGACAUCUAUCAGAGAGUUAAGGAGUGAUGCUACUCGUGUUUUAAAGGACCGUGAACUGUUCUAAACAUGCAUGCCCCCAAUUUGAUCAAGGUACUUUCUUCUACACACCCUGCUUUCU